AUGACCUCUCGCGGAGAGAGGGAAGGUAACAACAACACAGAUCAUCAGGAAGGCGUUACAGGGAGGAAGCAGAAACGAUGUCGCUGCAGGCAGUCUAAAUGCUUGAAACUGUACUGUGACUGCUUUGCGUCAGGAGUGUUAUGUAACGACUGUGAUUGUGCUGAUUGUCACAACAACACUGACAACUCUUACCUCAGAGAAGCAGCUGUUUUGAAUUUACUAGAUCGUAAUCCAAAUGCAUUCAACGGAAAGCCUCCCAGCUUCCUAAUUAACAAGCAGGCUGCAGCUGAUACUAAACAUGGACUGCUUUCGAGAGGCUGCAAAUGCAAAAGAACCAAGUGCCUGAAGAAGUACUGUGAAUGCUUUCAAGCUAAUGCUCUGUGCUCUUACAACUGUAAAUGCAUCAACUGCGAGAAUGUCAGUGCUCUAGGAGCUACUAACAGACACAACGUCGGCUUUAAUACUCCUGAUAGUUUGAUUUGUGCUCCUCAGAGUUCCCUACAGGUAUACCGGAGGAGGAGAAGAUACAGAGAGUUGUUACCUGAGUGGAAUUCGUGUCCAGCUCCUUUAAGUUCGAUGCCUGACAAUUACGUUCUUGAUUCUCUGGAGUCCCCUAUGUAUAGCUCUCCUAAACUCCCUUACAGGUACGCUUUUAGCCUUUCCUCCUACAAUGAUAUUUCCUCUUUCUUCACCUUAUUGUCAACUGCAUUUUGUUGUGACAUUAGAAAGAAAAGGUCACGGCUAGGAUGUACCACUCCCAAACUUGUUCCAGACUUGGGGGAUCUAAGAUCGCUUCUCUUAGCAGCAUCUGAAUCUGCUACAGCCAAUGCAGGUUUACAAGACAAGAACAGCAUAUGCAUAAAGCCUGAUGAUAAGGAGCUAUGGAAUGAGUCUGAGAGCGGUAUUGUGGAAGAAGAAGACAUACAAUCCUGUGGAAGAUUGAUCCAACUGAUUGAUGCUCAAUACAAUGACGAGGUGGAUCCCCAAACCAAGACAAUUUUCCCUGAAAGAGAUGCAUACAUGGAGCAGGAAAGAGCAGUGCUUGAAACUUUCAGAGACUGCCUCCACAAGUACAUGAAGGUUGGAUUCAAGAAAGGUACUAACUACUACCACUUUUAG